AUGGUCUCCUGGAAACUUUCUACUCUAGCACUGCUGUCCCUUCGGGCGCUGGGCGCUCUUGCACAGGCUGAGGCCCCUCUCGAGGACGAAUCCGUUCAGUCCCCUAAUCUUGCCGUGUCUGUCUCAGCGUCUUUCCCUUCAUCGGAGAUCUUUGGCGUGAAGCUGGUCAACGGUCACCCCACCCAAGCUGUGCUGUCCUUUACCAAUGAGGAGCCGAACCCAGUGACCGUCGCAGUCGUCGGUGGUUCGCUGUGGACUCUAUCCGACGAAGCCCAGAACAGCAUCAACAUCCGCAACGUGACUACGACGCGCUACAAUGUCGAGAUCCCCGCUGGUGCCAAGGAGAGCUUGAGCUACAGCUUCGCCACGGACUUGCACCCGCAGGACCUCCGCCUCAACCUGGUUGCGCUCUUGCACAAUGCCGAGGGUGCCUUCUUCUCGCUCAAUGCCUUCAACGAGACGGUCAGCGUGGUUGAGCCUGAUAUGAGCAUCUUUGAUCCUCAAAUAAUCUUCCUGUACCUCGUCCUGGCCGCCGGUUUCGCAGGCACCAUCUACUUUAUCUACAACACCUGGAUUGCGACCCUGUUCCCUCAGAAGCGCCGCGGCGGUAAGGGCGGCGAGCGCGCCAAGACCUCUUCGCACCGUGUCAAGAAGGUCGAUCCUGCCGACCAGGUUUCUGUCGUUGGCGCCGACGGCCCUGCCGUUACCUCCGGAGCCAAGGCCUACGAUGAGAGCUGGAUCCCCGAGCACCACAUUAAGCGCCCCGAGGCACGUCGCGUCAAGAGCGGCACCCCCCAGCGCGCCAAGUCGCGGGGAUAA